AUGUCUCCCUCUACAAGACACAACGGCUACAUAUCACGAAGGGGGAGUCCGCCACUCAACCCGCCAUGUGAAUCUUUAUUUCAGAUGACCGUGCUGCUAGCCAUCGCCUACAUGAUCUGCUGGAGUCCAUACGCCAUUGUCUCGUUUAUAAAGUCCUUUAGCAACCUGAGUAUCGACCCCCUCGCAACCCUCUUGCCUGCAGUAUUCGCCAAGUCGUCAGCUUCGGUAAAUUUCGUCAUAUACAUUCUGACCAAUAAGCGUUUCCGAGAUGCUCUGUCUCACAUGUACGGAAUUCGGCAAUGUUGCAAUCGGCCGGUUUCCGAGGCGAUACAUGACAGCGGUAUUUUAGAAUACAACCUAACUGCAUCAGUCACGACCGACUUCUCAUCAGAAAGCGUCACCACCAGCAUA